AUGGCCGCGGUUCUAGACGCGCUCCUGCAUUCCCUGGGAGAGCUCUCGAAACGGAAGGUGAAGCGCUCGGCGCACAUAUGGAGCGCACGUCUGGGCGAAAUUUACAACAGGCGGCAGAAAAUAUCGCUUAGCCAGGUGCCUGGCAUUGUUCGAUGCAUAGUUGACAACCAGCUAGAGACUCAUCCCAAAAGCAAGGCGCUGUUGGAGCACUUUGUACCCCUCUCCAGCCAACUGGAGAGCCUUCCUGCAGCCGAAGUUGCCGCCAUUUGCUAUGCAUUCAGCGCCAUUGAUGAGGACGCGACGGUGAAGGCGCUGCUACAUGACUGCUGGAACCGUGUUGAGGCGGUCUCCGACGACCUGCAUGGAUAUCGGGAUUUAGUUCGUGUCACCUCUCUGGCCGCCUGUAGGCAAUUGUUGGGAGGCGAGGGUGAUGUUAGGAACUGCGCGCAACAAGGGGAGGCAUCGGAAUUGUACGAACGUGUCAUCGACGAGACCUCCGGCAAGAUACGUACUCUGCAGCGCAGUUUGAAUACUAGCAGCAUCUAUAACUCAGUUGCCGGUGAUCUGCUGGUGGAAACCGUGUAUCUCAGCAAUAUUCUCAAGAGGAACGCAUCAUUUUUCAAUGGCUCAAAUAGGUGGAUUGACUUCGCGUCAAUAGAUGGGCGCAUUCGCAUAUCGCAGCUGCUAUCUGAGAACCACAAGGGUGUUCUUGAACAGCAAAUCGCAUCGGCAAGUUUCCAAGACACCCUUUCCGUCCUUCGCCACCUAAUGUACAUGAAGCAUCCUCAUCAGGAUCACAUACACCAGCUGUUCAACCGGCUUUGCGCAACUUCUGGCAAGUCCACACGCAUGUGUCGCUCCGAAGCUUUCUCGAUUCUAGACUACUUCAUGCAUAUGCUACAAGCGGCAGGGGAUGCUAGGGUCGGAACCCCUGCCGCUGAAUCCACGCAGCAGUUGCUUGGUUAUCUUGCCGGAAUACGCCGCACAGGCGUGUUAAGCGGCGGCCACAUUUCAACUCAUCGUUGGAACUAUCCGAUUAUGCUGUCUGGAAAUGGAUGA